AUGAAGCUAUUUGAGAAAGGGCUGGAUGCAAGGAUAAGAAAAGGAACAGGUGUCAGUGAACAACAAUUCAGGUUUAUGCCAAUUAAAGGUACGACAGAUGCCACCUUUUUAUUAAGGCAACUGAUAGAGACGUAUGCAGAAAAACCGAAAGAUCUACACUUCGCUUAUGACCGAGUACCUAGACAAAAGGUAUGGAGACCCAUGCGGGAAAAGGGAUUUGCUGAAAAAUAUGUAAGGUUAGUAAAAUAUACGCACAGGGAUGUAACAACACAAGUAAGAAACAGUGUAGGAACUGCAGAAAAGAUAAGUGUAGGAUUUCAUCAAGGGUCAGCGCUUAGUCCAUACUUCUGUUACCUAAUAAUGGAUGUAUUGGCCAACGAAGUAAAGGAGGAUGUACCAUGGAGUAUGCUUUUUGCGAAAGAUAUUGUUUUGAAAAGUUCUGGAUCCACCCCUGGUCGAAGGCGAGAGGAAACGGGGAAGACCAAAAACCAGCUGUAA